AUGAACUCCGAGGCUCAUCGCAUGGAGGUCGACGAGGCGAUGCCAGUGCUGAAAGCCAAAGACAAGGUGGCAAACCGCACCCAGCUAGCACAGCCCACGGCGAAGCUAGCAGGAGCUACCGCUGCUGGUUCGUUGACUAGCGGUUCCGGGUCCACCCCUGGCGCCACUAACAGCCUGCGGGAAAACAACGAGCCGAAGAGGGUCCAGACAGCCCAUGGCGAGUCUGACCGCAAAGACGGCGCGCGCCGGGUACUCCGCGAAGACAUGAGGGUCCAAGCCAGCGGUAAUCUGAAGACAAAAGUGCCAGGUAAGCGACGCCGUGGCCGCCCUCGUCUCCACCAGAUCCCUGUCGGCCUGCGCGGCAUUGUGCACAAGGUCGACUUCAUGGUCGGGACGCGCAGCCACGAGGAGGUCCACGGGCCGCUCGUUGCCGGGGACCUCCCGCUGGGGGAAGGUGUCGGCAUGACCUCCCACCCGUAA